UUCUCUUAGUUUUUCUACCCUCCUGGCCAUGAGUUCGAGUUCGAAUUUGAACGCCGAGCGGAGGAAAAGAAAUGGAGUCGCAGAAGGGAAAGCUCACCCGCACGCACUCCUCCCUCCUCCGAUCCCCCACCGUCCAGUCCUCGACCCACAGCCUUUCCUCCAUCGCCGCCGCCGACGACGAGGAGGAGAAGCCCCACCGCCCUCACCGCCUCCCGCCCCGCUGCCGCAGCACCUCGCGCAAUCUCUUACUUCUCCCGGUCCCUUUCGCCCUCAUCUUCUUCUUCUUCCUUUACCUCCGCGACGACUCCCCUCUCUUCGCUGACGCCCUCCUCCUCUCUGCCCUCGCCACCGCUGCCUCUCUCGCCGCCCGCCGAUCCGACCUCUUCCGCCGCGGCGCCACCGCGUUCCAACGGCCUUCGUCCGUCGAAUGGUCCCUCGGUGGCUUGGAGAGGAAGGAGAAGCGGUCCGGUGCUCGGAUUAUCCGAGAGGGGAUCGAGUUCUACAGCAAUGGGGAUUACUACGAAGGCGAAUUCCACAAGGGGCGUUGCAGCGGCUCCGGCGUCUACAAUUUCUUCGGAAAGGGUCGGUACGAAGGCGACUGGGUCGACGGGAAGUACGAUGGAUAUGGUAUCGAAAGCUGGGCGAGAGGCAGCCGCUACCGAGGGCAGUACCGGAUGGGGAUGCGGCACGGCUAUGGUGUGUAUAAAUUCUAUAGCGGCGAUAGCUACGCUGGAGAAUGGGUCGGCGGGCAGAGCCACGGUGUGGGAGAGCAGACGUGUUCCGACGGGAGUAGCUAUUUCGGGGAGUUCAAGUGCGGGGUCAAGCACGGCUUCGGCUACUACCAUUUCAGGAAUGGUGACAAGUAUACUGGUGAAUACUUUGCAGACAAGAUCCACGGUUUUGGUGUUUAUCAUUUUGCUAAUGGUCACUGCUAUGAAGGAUCAUGGCAUGAAGGCAAGAAGCAAGGUUAUGGAAUGUACACGUUUCGAAAUGGAGACACAAGAUGCGGUGAUUGGGACGUUGGAGUUCUAAAGACUCCCCUUUGCCCAUCAGAACCUUCUGUGCAGCGUGCUGUUCAGGCUGCUCGGAAGGCAGCAGAAAGCUCAAUUCUUGUUCCGAGAGUAGAUUCGCAAGUAAACAAAACUGUCGCAGCUGCAAAUAGAGCAGCCACUGCUGCUCGAGUUGCCGCAAUAAAAGCUGUGCAGAAUCGUAUCGAUGGCAAAUUUUGUGAGAUCAACGUCUGAGUUCGUUUGGACUGUACAUUUUGCUAACCAUAUCUGAGAGUUUGUCGAUCAGGUACACCAAUUACUUACUCAAGUCAGGAAAUAUGCAAGUAGUUGGCAACUCUAACCUCAUUUGUGAAACCCAAAGUCAAAAGUGAAAUCUAGUGGAAGAAAGGAUGAUACCAUGCGCGCAAUGUUGACUGUUCUUGUAUUUGCGCAUGGUAAAGCAGUAGCCCCUGCUUUAUCAUUCUUGCCAGUUGUAUACUUCCUCAACUCAAUCCAUUCUCUGUUUUUGAAUCUUGUACAUGCAUCUUACACUCUGAUGAUGCCUUAUCAUGUGCAAUCGUCCCACCUAAUCUUCUAAAAUUUCCAAGUAUUCAAUACAAUAAACGACAUGUCUCGUAUCUCCCCGGCAUGAUUACCUCGUCUGAUUCAAGCACUCCUACCUGCAUCUCCUGUUCUCUAAGAAAAUGUGGUCCAGCCAUUGUUGCAGGAAUGAGAUGUUUCUUGGAGGUACAUGGCCUGCAAUCUUGAGCUCUUCUUUGACCAUUUUGUAUUUUGUUUAUUUGGUCGUUGGUCAUGUUGUUUGGCGUUUCAAUUCAAGUUCAAUGUUUUGAUCUAACCAAUGCAUCAUCAGCUCGAAGACCCUCCUUUAUUUUCCAGCAGAAGGAACCUCUUUCUUACCAAGUGUGGGCCUGCAGUUGACUUUUCCCAUUGACUUUUUUGCUUCUUGUCACUUGCAUCCUGUUGACCUUUGUUUCCACUUCAAAAUGUUCCACUUCAGAUUAUUAUAUUUUAUUCUUCUUAAAAAAAAAAAAAUACUACAAAGGCAUCUUGCAUUGUACCUAUGUUGUUUAAUGAAACAAAA